CAAAGGGCGGUGCGGGGGCGUGUCCCGCGUGCUGCAUCGCCGGGUCGGGUGGGGCGCCGGUGCCGCCAUGUCGGAGCGGGGGGCCGCGGGCACGGGGCCCGCCGCUAUUCAGGUGUCCAGGAUCAUGCGCCCGGAUGAUGCCAACGUCGCAGGCAAUGUCCAUGGAGGAACCAUCCUGAAGAUGAUUGAGGAGGCAGGAGCCAUCAUCAGCACCCGCCACUGCAAUUCUCAGGCCGGGGAGCCCUGUGUGGCCGCGCUGGCGCGGGUGGAGCGGACGGACUUCCUGUCCCCAGUGUGCAUCGGCGAGGUGGCCAACGUCAGUGCUGAGAUCACCUACACGUCCCGGCACUCCGUGGAGGUCCAGGUCAAUGUCAUGUCAGAAAACAUUUUAACAGGAGCCAAGAAGGUGACGAACAAGGCAACGCUGUGGUAUGUGCCACUGUCCCUCAAGAAUGUGAACAAGGUUGUUGAGGUUCCCCCCAUCCAGUAUGCAAGGAAGGAGCAGGAGGAUGAGGGGAAGAAGCGAUAUGAGGAGCAAAAGCUGGAUCGGCUGGAAACUAAGCAGAGAAAUGGUGACUUGAUCUUCCCUGUCAUCAAUCCAGAUAGGCAGACAAAAGAGCCACACACCGUAGGCUACAGCCAGUCCAGCUUGAUCCACCUGGUGGGACCAUCAGACUGCACGCUGCUGGGCUUCGUGCACGGAGGUGUCACCAUGAAGCUCAUGGAUGAGGUCGCUGGGAUUGUGGCUGCCCGCCACUGCAAGACCAACAUUGUCACUGCCUCAGUGGAUGCCAUCAACUUCCACGAGAAGAUCAAAAAAGGCAGUGUCAUCACCAUUUCAGGGCGCAUGACCUUCACGAGCAAUAAAUCCAUGGAAAUUGAAGUUUUUGUGGAUGCUGACCCAUUUGUGGACGAGCCCCGGGAGCGGUACCGUGCCGUCAGCGCCUUCUUCACCUACGUCUCCCUGAGCAAGGAGGGGAAGCCCCUGCCUGUACCACAGCUGCUGACGGAGACAGAGGAUGAGAAGCGUCGCUUCGAGGAGGGGAAGGGCCGGUACCUGCAGACAAAGGCCAAGAGGCAGGCACAGCUGCAGCAGGCUGCCCAGCAGUGAUCCCGCCCCGCACUCCCGCAGCCCUCGCCCGCCAAAACGUCCAGGUUCCUCUUUGUGUCGUGUCCGGCCCACGCCGGGGCCUCGCGCCUUUGCCCGCCGGAGCUGCCGCGGCGGUGCGGUUGCUUUGCUGUUGAUCGGUUUAGCGCCAUUAGACCUCGUGCUUUAGGUGGCUUCACCUCCCCGAAAGCCCCCGGGAACCUUCCCGCUCACUCAUUGCCCACUCCGUGAGCCCCGUUCACAGCCCCGUGCCGGAGCGGGGUGGGGGCUCGCACGGUGGCCCCAGGGAUGUGCGAGGCCGCCGGUCUUUGUGCUGCUGUGUCACACCUGCCGGUCUGUCCCACCACUGCACACCAAAGCUGACCGCGACACCGGGGACGGGCAACGCACCCCGGCGUCGUGCUGAAUGUCUCUGACCGUUUCGUUGACAUCUCUAGGUAGUUUCUCUGUGCACAUUUAAGUUAUUUAAGGAAUCCUGUGGCAUCAAUAAAGUCUCUUGUUGUUG